CCGGAACCGGCGGAGGAGCUGCGGCCGCCGGCGGUGGAGCGACGACGGCGCCGAGGAGCCGCCGGUAUGAUCGCACCCCGCCACCCCGCGUCCCGGGCCCGGCCCUUCUGACAAGAGCUAGACUUUGGGCUCCUUGAGGAUAUUCCAUUUUGUACUUUUGAAUAUCCUCUCACCAUAUUCAGCAUAAAAUAACAUUCUUAAUGAGUAUCCUCGGCAGGACAGGUGUGAGACAACUACUAUUGUGUUACAAUCAUGGUGCAAAAGUACCAGUCACCAGUGAGGGUGUAUAAACACCCCUUUGAAUUAAUUAUGGCUGCCUAUGAAAGGAGGUUCCCUACAUGUCCUUUGAUUCCGAUGUUUGUGGACAGUGACACUGUGAGUGAAUUCAAGAGUGAAGAUGGGGCUAUUCACGUCAUAGAAAGGCGCUGCAAACUGGAUAUAGAUGCACCUAGACUGUUGAAAAAGAUUGCAGGAGUUGAUUAUGUUUAUUUUGUCCAGAAAAACUCACUGAAUUCUCGGGAACGUACUUUGCACAUUGAGGCCCACAAUGAAACAUUUUCUAAUCGAGUCAUCAUUAAUGAGUACUGCUGCUACAGCGUUCACCCUGAAAAUGAAGAUUGGACCUGUUUUGAACAGUCUGCAAGUUUAGAUAUUAAAUCUUUCUUUGGUUUUGAAAGUACAGUGGAAAAAAUUGCAAUGAAGCAAUAUACCAGUAACAUUAAAAAAGGAAAGGAAAUAAUUGAAUACUAUCUGCGCCAGUUAGAAGAAGAAGGCAUAACGUUUGUGCCCCGUUGGACUCCACCUUCUGUUGCGCCCUCUUCAGAGACAUCCACGUCCUGCAAGAAGCAAGCCGCAGCCUUGGCUGUUGUCCCAGAUGCUGCUCUGAAGGAGGGGCUGAACAGCGAGGCCCCCAGUCACCCAAGUGGGGCUCCUGAGCCCGCGGUGGGCACCCCUGACGACAAACUAGAUGCAGACUACAUCAAGAGAUACCUGGGUGACUUGACUCCACUACAGGAGAGCUGCCUGAUCCGGCUUCGCCAGUGGCUCCAGGAAACCCACAAGGGAAAGAUCCCAAAAGAUGAGCAUAUUCUUCGGUUCUUACGUGCCCGGGACUUCAAUAUUGACAAAGCCAGAGAGAUCAUGUGUCAGUCUUUGACUUGGCGAAAGCAACACCAGGUAGACUACAUUCUUGAUACCUGGAACCCUCCCCAGGUCCUUCAGGACUACUACGCGGGCGGCUGGCACCAUCACGACAAAGAUGGGCGGCCCCUCUAUGUGCUCAGGCUGGGGCAGAUGGACACCAAGGGCUUGGUGAGAGCCCUCGGGGAGGAGGCCCUGCUCAGAUACGUUCUCUCCAUAAAUGAAGAAGGGCUCAGACGAUGUGAAGAAAAUACAAAAGUCUUUGGUCGGCCUAUCAGUUCGUGGACCUGCCUGGUGGACCUGGAGGGACUGAACAUGCGCCACUUGUGGAGACCUGGCGUCAAAGCCCUGCUGCGCAUCAUCGAGGUGGUGGAGGCCAAUUACCCCGAAACGCUGGGCCGCCUGCUAAUCCUUCGGGCUCCCAGGGUGUUUCCUGUCCUCUGGACACUGGUUAGUCCAUUCAUUGAUGACAACACCAGAAGGAAAUUCCUUAUUUAUGCAGGAAAUGACUACCAGGGUCCUGGAGGCCUGCUGGAUUACAUUGAUAAAGAGAUUAUUCCAGAUUUCCUGGGCGGAGAGUGCAUGUGUGAAGUGCCAGAGGGUGGGCUGGUUCCCAAGUCUCUGUACAGGACUGCGGAGGAGCUGGAAAACGAAGACCUAAAGCUCUGGACCGAAACCAUCUACCAGUCUGCAAGUGUUUUCAAAGGAGCCCCGCAUGAGAUUCUCAUUCAGAUUGUGGAUGCCUCUUCCGUGAUCACGUGGGAUUUUGAUGUGUGCAAAGGGGACAUUGUCUUUAACAUCUAUCACUCCAAGAGGUCACCACAGCCACCCAAAAAGGACUCCCUGGGGGCGCACAGCAUUACUUCCCCAGGAGGCAACAACGUGCAGCUGAUAGACAGGGUCUGGCAGCUGGGCCGUGACUACAGCAUGGUGGAGUCACCUCUGAUUUGCAAAGAAGGAGAAAGUGUGCAGGGCUCACAUGUGACGCGGUGGCCGGGCUUCUACAUCCUGCAGUGGAAAUUCCACAGCAUGCCAGCGUGUGCUGCCACCAACCUGCCCCGGGUGGACGACGUGCUGGCCUCCCUGCAGGUCUCUUCUCACAAGUGUAAAGUGAUGUACUAUACCGAAGUGAUCGGGUCUGAGGAUUUCAGAGGUUCUAUGAGCAGCCUGGAGUCCAGCCACAGCGGGUUCUCCCAGCUGAGCGCCGCCACCACCUCCUCCAGCCAGUCUCACUCCAGCUCCAUGAUUUCCAGGUAGUGCUGCGAUGCCUGUGCCCAGUGCGCAGAGGGGACGGCCGUGCCUCCUUGGACAGCCCGCUGUGCUCCGCCCACUGCCCGCCUGCCCAGCGGCCACAUUGUGCAGACUCCUCUCACCCUCUAGGUAGCAAAUAGCUCUCCAGAUGGUAAAUGUAGUCAUUGAUCCCAAAACUGUCUCGACAGGUAGUUUUAACUCUAACUGUCAUUCAAUAGCCAUAGGUUUUCUAUACAGUGCACAAAAUCAAACCAGAGCACAAGGGCUCCCUUGAAAGAAAAGUAGUUUAUAUACCAAUUAAGAGGUUGACUUUGUCUCAAAUGUUGAUGCAAAAAAUGUUUCCAACAACCUCCACGCUGUCCCUUAGUGGAUGAAUUCCUACACCAUCCUUCAGAGGUGGCCCCACCUUCCUACGUGGAGCAGAAGCUGCCAGCUUGUUCCCCUAAACUGCAUCGCGGUCCUCGUCUUCUCCCUGCUGUCAGUCGACACGGUCCAAGGAUUGAGUGAUGGCCCGCUAGGUACCUUUUCCUCUGAGCAAGACGCUGCUUAAAUUGGAAGGACGCAGAGGCAGCCUGUGGGAGCACCCAGCCUGGCUCCUGGUGGCCACAUGGAUCCACUGUUCUAAAGUGGGUGCUGGCGGGUCGGGGGCUCCCCGUGAUCCACGAAAAACAUCGCCAUCAUUAAACAUGAUUUUCUGUUUC